AUGAAGUCCACUCUUUUGUUAUCUGCUGCUGCUGCUGCUGUCGCUCAAGGUGCGACGAUCAACCAGUCCAAGGCGCAAGAAGUCCAAACUGGCACCUGUGCCUUUCCACAUGGUAAGGGCAUGGUUGCCGUUCAGACUGAGGGCAAGAACGCCGGCUGGGCAAUGCACUCUGACCAAGAGUGUAAGCCUGGUACAUGGUGCCCAUACGCCUGCCCAGCUGGUCAGCUGAUGGGCCAGUGGAACCCUCAAGUCACUGCCUACACCUAUCCUGGUUCCAUGGAAGGUGGGUUGUUCUGCGAUGAAUCAGGGAACCUUCAGACACCAUACCCAGACAAACCUUACUGUUAUGAUGGUAAGGGUACCGUCAUCGCUGAAAACAAAGCAGGCGCUGAUGUCGCUUUCUGUCAAACCGUCUUGCCCGGUAACGAGGAGAUGUUGAUCCCAACCCUCGUUGGUGGUGGCUCCAGCCAAACUUUGGCUGUUCCCGGCACUGACUACUGGGCUGGCACAGCUGCCCACUACUACGUUAACCCCCCCGGCGUUAGCGUGAAGGACGCCUGUAUCUGGGGUACCAAGGAAAAUGCCAGAGGAAACUGGGCGCCAUAUGUGACCGGUGCUAACCAAGAUGCGGAAGGUAACACUUUUGUCACCGUUGGCUGGAACCCAAUUUACUUGGAGCCCGAGACUCCUUUCAGAAACGUGAAGCCUUCAUAUGGUCUCAGAAUCGUAUGUGACAACGAGGAGGACUGUGUCGGUCUACCAUGUGGUAUCGACCCAAGCGUGAAUGGCGUGAACGAGAUCCAAGGUUCCGGCAGCACUGGUGCUGGUGGAGCGAACUUCUGUGUCGUCACUGCAAAGAAGGGUGCCAAGGCUCGCGUUGAAGUGUUUUCUACCGGCGGAAACGCCAAGAGAAGCCUGGAGCACACCCACAACAGGGGCAACCUUUCCGACAUCCACAGAACUGUCACCACCAUUGCUAUGAACUAA